AUGGCUACGAUUACAGCUACCCAGCAAAAGAAAUUUGCGACCGAUCUGACGGACUAUGCCAAGCGUCGUCAGACAGACGGGCCCUACGCCGAUAACCUCGAUGUAGAUGUUCUCAUCGUAGGCGGUGGAUUUGGCGGAGUCUUUAUGCUAAAGACUCUCCGGGAGAUGGGCCUACGAGCAGUCAUCUACGAAGCCGGAACCUCGUUCGGAGGAACCUGGCGUUGGAACCGCUACCCCGGUGCCCGAGUCGACUCAGAGGUCCCAGAGUAUGAGUUCUCGUGGCCCGAGGUGUUCAGGGACUGGACGUGGUCAACCAAUUACCCCAAUUACCAGGAGCUUCGUCAGUACUUUGAUCACGUUGAUAAGGUCUUGGAUCUCUCCAAAGACUGCUCAUUCGAUACCGUCGUCACCGGCGCCCAGUUCCAUCCAGACGAAGGCAAAUGGCACGUAAAGACCGCCGACGGCCGCCUGGCCAAGAGCAAGUACUUUGUCGUCGCAGCCGGUUUCGCCUCAAAACGCUACAUCCCCAACUGGCCCGGCGUCGAAAAAUUCAAGGGCGUAGUCCACCACUCCUCCUUCUGGCCCGAAGAAGAUGUACCCGUCCGCGGCAAGCGCUGCGCCGUCAUCGGCACCGGCGCCUCGGGCGUCCAAAUCUGCCAGGAAUGGGGCAAAGCCGUCGGCGAGAGCGGCGAGCUCAAGGUCUUCCAGCGCACGCCGAACCUGGCGGUGCCGAUGGGCAAGCGCAACCUCACGGCGCAGGAGCAGAACAUCGGCAAGGAGUGGUACCCGCGCCUCUACCAGCUGCGCGAGAAGUGCUUCGGCGGCUUCUUCUACGGCAUGGUGGAGCGCAACACCUUUGACGACUCGCCUGCGGAGCGGGAGGCGUUUUAUCGGCAGCUGUGGGAGCACGGCGGGUUCCGGUUCUGGUUGGGGAACUACAAGGAUAUGUUGUUUGAUGCGGAUGCAAACAAGGAGGCGUACGACUUUUGGGCGAGGAACGUGCGGACGCGGAUUGGGGAUGCGAGGAAGAGGGAUAUUUUGGCGCCAAAGGUGGACAAGAUGCCGCAUUUCUUUGGCGUCAAGAGGCCUUGCUUGGAGCAGAACUACUAUGAGCAGUUCAACAAGGCCAAUGUGGACGUUGUCGACAUUAGCAAGAACGAGAUUGACAGCUUCACGGAGACGGGUAUCAGGUUGAAGGAUGGGACGACGUACGACUUUGAUGUGGUUGCCAUUGCCACUGGUUUUGUAAGUCUUCUUCUCUUUAUAUGCACAGGCAAGGGGAUGGGAUCUGGUACCAGUGUUGUCGAACGCGACAAAGCACAAGGCGAAGGACCUCAGUACCAUGAUAUCACCACCGGAGGCAUGACAAACAUGGGCCUAAAGAGCAUAAACAACACGUACCUCCAAGACGAAUGGAAAGCCGCGGCAAACACCUACCUCGGCACCACCGUCAGCGGUUACCCCAACAUGUUCCACAUGUACGGCCCCCACGGUCCCACGCUGCUGAGCAACGGGCCCUCGACGGUCGAGGUCCAGGGCCGCUGGAUCGCCGACUGCAUCCGCAAGAUUGAGCGGGAGAGCAUCAAGUACGUCAACCCGACCGCUGACGCGACCAAGGCGUGGAAGCAGCGGAUCAACGAGUUGAGCGACGCGAGCUUGUUCCCGACGACGCGGUCGACGUAUAUGGGUGGGUCGAUGCCGGGUAAGGCGUUUGAACAGGUCAACUUUGCGGGUGGCAUUCCGCAGUAUGCCAAAGAGAUUCGGGAGAAGUUGGAUGGGUGGACCGGGUUUGAUGUUGUCAAGGAUACCAGGGAUAAGAGCAGAAUUUGA